ACAAUGAACUCCUCACCCCAUGGCUCCCGCGCCUCCAUCGACAUCCUGGAGGAACUCCAGCUGAUUGCUGCACAGAACCUGGAAAAACUGGACAUCAACAAAUACUAUGAGGUCGUCUGUGAACUGGGCAAAGGCACCUAUGGGAAAGUGGACUUGGUCAUCCACAAAAUCAGAGGCACAAAAAUGGCCCUGAAGUUUCUGAGGAAGAAGACCACCAAGCUGAAGAGCUUCCUGAGGGAGUACAGCAUCUCCCUGUACCUGUCGCCCUGCCCCUUCAUCAUCAACAUGUACGGCAUCGCCUUCGAAACAGACGAGUACUACAUCUUCGCUCAGGAGUACGCUCUGGCAGGAGACCUGUUUGACAUCAUCCCUCCACAGGUGGGACUCCCUGAGACGGUGGCCAAGCGCUGCGUCCACCAGGUGGCCAUCGCCCUGGACUACCUGCACUGCAAGAAGCUGGUCCACAGAGACAUCAAACCCGAGAACAUCCUCAUUUUUGACAAAGAGUGUCGGAAGGUCAAGCUGUCAGACUUUGGCAUGACACGGCGCGCCGGCUCCCCGGUGAAACGUGUGAGCGGGACGAUCCCCUACACGGCGCCCGAGCUGUGCGACACGUCGCAGCACGAGGGUUUCUGCGUGGACUACAGCACGGACGUGUGGGCGUUCGGCGUGCUGCUCUUCUGCAUGCUGACAGGAAACUUCCCCUGGGAGAAGGCCAUGCCUAACGACGCCUUCUACGAGGAGUUUGUGCGCUGGCAGCGUCGCCGGACGGGUACGGUGCCGUCACAGUGGCGCCGCUUCACCGACGAAGCCCUACGCAUGUUUCGUAGGCUCCUCUCCAUCGAGCAGGAGCGCCGCUGCUCAGCCAAAGAAGUCUUCAGCUACUUCAACCAGUGCUGGAUGUUGGACACGGAGAACGGGAACAGCGGCACCGGCGGGGGCUUAGCAAGCAGCGCGCCUCCUCUGGACAUCAGCUCGUCCUCGUCCGAAGAGGACGUGUUAGUGGACAGACUGAAGCAGCAGAGCCUGUCACCUGCUUGUGUGGUGGCGAAGGGAAGCAUCAUGAUGGACACCCACUACACCUCCAUGUCCACUAACAGCUCGCCCUCCUCCACUGGCAGCUACGAGCGGGUCAACAGAGAAAACAACGAAAGGGGACGCAUCCUGGUGGCCACACCCAUCGAGAUCUGCGUGUAG